UUGCGCAGAGAAUUCCAACAGCUAGAGCUUUUAAACGCCAUAACCACUCUACGAUUUGAAGGUAUACUACCGGAUAGCGUUCAGGGAGACACAAGGACUGCAUUGAUACGGUCAUUCCAGCAGUGGAAGGGCGUCGAAUGGUGCCCACCAAAUGUCCAUCGGGCCAUCAGAUGGUCCAAAGUAGAUCCUCUUGGUCUGACCGUCAUCGAACCAUCAUCUAAGUGGCAAAUGGUUGCAAACAGGCAUAACACCACAAAAAAACAAGGAUCCUCUGCUGAAGACCGUGCAGUGAACUACGUACCGGCUCAUGGUACUUCUACGCUGUCAACUACACAUAGUGAUCCGUUCAACAACAGGAGAUUCAGAAAUCAGUUGAACAGUUUGCCUCAGCCCAUAGGUUUGCGCUGGGAUGCGGCCUCUUGGUCAUGUGCAUACGAUGCUCUACUGAGCAUAUUGCACCUUAUAUAUUCAACAAACAGUCGAAUGUGGCUGGAUGAGGUUGCUAAUUCAAAUGAUCAUUUGAGGCUCCUGACGGAUGGCUGG